GCUCGGGGGAAUCAGUCAGGUGUGGACGAGGUAUGAGGGGAGGCAGGGAUGGAGCCGCACUCGUGACAGCGGUGCCGAGCGCUCACGCGCAUCCCUCCUCCCGCCGAGAUGCAGCAGGGCCGGCCAUCCCUCUGCUGCGUCUCCACCAUCCGCAGCUCGCAGGGACCACCCGAGCCAGCCGCCGCUGCCGCCUCUGCUCACUUCAGCUUCUGCCGCAGCCUCCUGGAGCACACGGUGUCGGCCGAGAACCUGAGCUACCGCCUGCAGCGCGCCGCGGGCAGCAGCCUCACCUGGCACGACGGCCGCAGCCAGCGCCCCGACGGCCCCGGGCGCACCGUCAAACUCCUGCGGCAGCCGGGCACCGAGGGCUCGCAGGUCCGUGGCUGUGACCACUAUGGCAUCUACCACACCAGCCCCACGCUGGGCAGCCUGGUCAAGCCAGUGGUGCUGUGGACCCAGCAGGAUGUGUGCAAAUGGCUGAAGAAGCACUGCCCACACAAUUAUCUCAUCUACGUCGAGGCGUUCUCCCACCAUGCCAUCACAGGCCGGGCGCUGCUGCGGCUGAACGGGGAGAAGCUGCAGCGCAUGGGGAUCGCGCUGGAGGCGCAGCGCCAGGAGCUCCUGCAGCAGGUCCUGCAGCUCCAGGUGCGCGAGGAGGUGCGGAACCUGCAGCUGCUCAGCCAAGCUUCUUUUGGAAAUGUCUCCUAGCUGAUCCGUCUGUUUGGCAGAUUGCACCAACACUGUGAACCGAGCUCCGCUGGGAUGGGCUGUGCAUCGCCGAUACGAGACCUGAGCCACACGCUUGGAAUAAGAAGAGACAGCUUCCCAGACACUCCAGGGCUCCUCUCCUGCUUCUUCCUUCUCUUUCUUUUAAAGGAACACAUUCCUGUGCAGGGGUGGAAGGUUUCUUCCAGCAGACAUGGCUCUUGGCUGGAGGAAAAUCAGCAAACCAGCUGCUGGGACAGAUGAUGAACUUCCAUCCACCUGAGCCUGACAGUUCACAGGGAAAGAGAUGGAAAAAAGGAGAUGGCAAAAGGCAGGGCUCAGCACUGUGGAGAAAGGGAAUGCAGGGAUUCCAGGGACAGCUCGGAGCCAUGUGCAGGACACUGAAGCAUUAUGCACUUGGGCAACAUCCCAGCACCCAGCAAAUCGUGUCCAUGCCUUGGAGCUUAUUUAGGGAGCUUUGGUUUCCUCAUCAGACUGGGCUGCCUUCCAGCGGCCGGGGAGGUGACGUUAUCGGUAGCAAAUAAGAUGAUACAACCAGCCAAAAAAUUCACAGCGGGGCCAAGACCCCAGCACCCAGCUCCACUUGGUGAGUUAAAAAGGGAGCUGAGUCAUCAGAGCCGGAAAAUCUGCAAGUGAAAGCAGGCUGGAUGCACCAGGAGGGUGCCACGGCUGGGAGGAAGCUGUGCCAAGAGCUCAUCCUUCAUCAGCAGGCAGAGGGAGAGCCCAUGCAGGGCUGGGGGCAGCAGGCUGGGGUGCUGCUGGGUGGUUGUGGGGCUGGGGUGCCCCAGCUCCCAUCCUGGUCCUGCUCUGCUCCAUGGUCCCACCAGCUCUCAGAGCUGUGCUCAUCCAGGCAUUGGCAGGUUCCUGUCCUGACCUCCUGCCAAGGGCUGGUGAUGGUGCCACCAAAGCCAGGCACCUUCCUGAUGACCUUCACCAUCAUUACAGUCAAAGUGUUUGCUGUCAGGUCCCCAUCUCCCAAACUCUCCCAUACAGAGCUACAGAUUGCCCUUGUGGGUAGAUAAGGAAAAUCCAUGUGUAAAUCAGGAUUUUGGGCCAGGGUGGAUGCUGUCACCUCCCCACAUUCCACCUCAAGUGAUGAGGGUAGGGCUGUGGGUCAUGGGGGUCCAAAAACAGCAGCCCUAAACCCCCUGGGGCACUGGGAUGUGGAGGCAGGUCACGGUGCUCCCUGGCUGGGCAUCCUCCUGCCUGCUUCUCUGCUGGUAAUAAAUUAGAGAC